ACGGUGCGGGAGCUGCUGGAGAACCCCACCCAGGCUGUCAACGACAUGUCCUACUUCAACUGCCUGGACAGCGUCAUGGAGAACUCCAAGGUCCUGGGCGAAGCCAUGGCUGGAAUUUCCCAGCAUGCCAAGAACAGCAAACUGCCCGAGUUCGGGGAGUCGGUCAGCACAGCCUCCAAGGCGCUCUGCGGGUUCACAGAGGCCGCUGCUCAGGCUGCCUAUCUGGUGGCUGUUUCGGACCCUAACAGCCAGGCCGGACAGCAGGGCCUAGUGGACCCCACCCAGUUUGCCAGAGCCAACCAAGCGAUCCAGAUGGCCUGCCAGAACCUGGUGGACCCGGCCUGCACGCAGUCCCAG